GUUCCCCAACGGAAAUAGCGGGGGAAGUGCCAUGGAGGUAGAAUUCCUCGAAAGAACCUGUAUCGACGCUUCUGGGCAAUAUCUGGUUUAGUCUCGGGAGGUUUACACCUCAGUUGAAAGAUUCUACCCCUGAGAGCUUGACCGGCAGCAUCGUUCGCUGCGGAAGCUUGAAAAACACCUGGGGAAAAUGCACCAGAGGAAAUCCAGUGUCUGCAGGGUCAGCACGGAUUGUUCAGCUGGUCAAAGACCAGUGAAUCUUUAGCAGCAUUGAAUGCGAUACCAGCAACUGCAAUGACUUCUUUUCAAAGGAAAGGACUGCAAGCAAGGGUGCUUAGCUCUGAAGAGGAGGAGAAACUGCGGAGAGACCAAGCUCUAGUGCCUGAUUUUAAACAGCAAAAACUGGAAAAAGAGGCUCAGAGGAACUGGGACCUUUUCUACAAAAGAAACAGUACCAAUUUUUUCAAGGACAGACACUGGACCACCAGAGAGUUUGAGGAGCUGAGAUCGUGUAGAGAGUAUAAAGGUCAAAAAUUGACUUUGUUGGAAGCUGGAUGUGGGGUUGGGAACUGUUUAUUCCCACUUUUAGAAGAAGAUUUGAAUAUCUUUGCCUAUGCCUGUGAUUUUUCUCCAAGGGCAGUUGACUACAUUAAGCAAAAUCCUUUAUAUAACACAGAGAGAUGCAAAGCAUUCCAGUGUGACCUCACUAGAGAUGACCUCCUUGACCAUAUCCCACCAGAGUCUGUGGAUGCCGUCACAUUGAUCUUUGUGCUCUCAGCUGUUCACCCUGAGAAGAUGCACCUUGUCUUACUAAAUGUAUACAAGGUAUUAAAACCAGGCAGAAGUGUCUUAUUCCGUGACUAUGGGCUGCAUGACCAUGCCAUGCUUAGGUUUAAAGCUGGAAGCAAACUUGGAGAAAAUUUUUAUGUCAGACAAGAUGGAACCAGAUCCUAUUUUUUCACUGAUGGCUAAACACCUAAAAAUAAAUGACAGAAUAACAAGACCGGUGGAGAAGAAACAUUGGAGCCGAGGGUGAGGAUAUGGGUUUAGCCCUGUGAUUCUGGGUCUUGGAGUCCAAGGAGAAGGGGCUCACCAGCAGGUACAACAUGGCGACCACUCCUGCCCCUUUGGCUGCAGCUCCAGACUCCUAGUCACGUAUACGAAGGUUGCUAAACUGUCACGUGUGCUGUUCUCUCUCACACAUCUCUACACGGACUACUCUGGGUUCCCUAAAAUAUGUGUUUGCUUUUUUCAUGAACUUGGUUUGGGUUGAUUUGUUUUUGGAGACAGGAUCUCUCUAUAUAGCCCUGUCUGGUCUUGAACGCUCUGUGGCCCAGCCCAACA